ACGCGAGAAUAUCCUGAUCAAAAGCCUCCUCUGAUCCUCUCAUACUAGCCACAAAUAGAGCACAAAAUAUUUUUUUGCAUCUAAAACAGACGUGGAGAAAUAAAGUCCACAAUUCCUCCUUAUCAUACUAACCACAAAUAGAGCACAAAUCACAAAUGGUAUCCUAAAUUAGAUAUUAAGUAUUAGAUUAUUUGUGUAUUACGAUUACCCCUUUCUCAAGUUAAGAGGAGCCUACAAAUUUAAAAGUUGAGAUAUAUAUCACAUUCCUUGGAUAAAAAUCUCAAACAAUUUUAGAAAGGCUUUUCACUAAUCUCAUUCAAAAAAUCCAUAAUAAAUGGGUUUAAUCUUGGGAAAAAUCACAGUAGAAACUCCAAAGUAUGAGGUCCUUCAAUCUACAAAUGAGUAUGAAAUUCGUAAAUACCCACCAUCAGUUAUAGCUCAAAUUACAUAUGAUCCAUCCCAAAUGAAAGAUAAAAAAGAUGGUGGUUUCUCCAUUUUAGCCAACUACAUAGGUGUAGUAGGCAAAGCCCAAAAUACCAAGGCUGAAAAAGUUGCCAUGACAGCACCAGUUAUAACACAAGACACUGGCGCCGCAUCGGCCGAGAAGAUAGCCAUGACAGCGCCAGUUGUUACAAAAGACGGCGACGGAGAAGGCGAAGCGAAGAUGGUGAGCAUGCAGUUUGUACUGCCUGCUAAGUAUAAGACAGCAGAGGACGCGCCUAAGCCAUUGGAUGAGAGGGUAGUGAUCAAGGAGGAAGGGGAGAAGAAGUAUGGGGUGGUGAAGUUUAGUGGAGUAGCGAGUGAUGUGGUGGUGAAGGAUAAGGUGGAGAAAUUGAAGAGUGCUUUGGAGAAAGAUGGUGUUAAGGUGGUUGGAGAGUAUAUGCUAGCAAGAUAUAAUCCACCUUGGACACUUCCCCCUCUUAGGACUAAUGAAGUUAUGAUACCUGUUGAAUAAGAUUUUGGUUAGUGUUUUGUUGAUUGAUUUAUCUUUGUGUGUGUAGUGAUAGUAUAAAACUUUGUGAAGGAUGAAACUCUAGUUUCUUUUGGUAAUUCUUGUAUUAUAUGUAUUGAUUGAAAAAUUAGGGAUCUUAUCAAAUUCAUAUCGAUGUGUAUAUUAUAUUUUAA